AUGAAUCCAACAAAUCAUUCCCAGGUGACAGAAUUUGUUCUGCUGGGGCUCUCUCAGGUAUGGGAGCUUCGGUUCUUCUUCUUCAUUGUCUUCUCUGCUGUGUAUCUUAUGACUGUAACUGGAAAUCUCCUUAUUGUGGCCAUAGUGACCUCUGACCCACACCUGCACACAACCAUGUAUUUUCUCUUAGGCAACCUUUCUUUCCUGGACUUUUGCUACUCUUCCAUCACGGCACCUAGGAUGCUGAUUGACUUGCUCUCAGGCAACCCUACCAUUUCCUUUGGUGGCUGCCUGACGCAGCUCUUCUUCUUCCACUUCAUUGGUGGCAUCAAGAUCUUCCUGCUCACUGUCAUGGCAUAUGACCGCUAUGUUGCCAUUUCCCAACCCCUGCGCUACACGCUCAUUAUGAAUCCAACACUCUGUGGAGUUCUCAUGGCAGCCUCCUGGGUCGGGGGCUUCAUUCAUUCCAUAGUACAGGUUGGACUGACUAUCCAGCUGCCAUUCUGUGGGCCUGACAAGCUGGACAACUUUUAUUGUGAUGUGCCCCAGCUGAUCAAAUUGGCCUGCACAGACACUUUUGUUUUAGAACUUCUGAUGGUUUCUAACAAUGGCCUGGUGACCUUGAUGUGUUUUCUGGUGCUGCUCGUAUCCUACACAGCACUGCUAAUCAUGCUCCGAAGCCACUCACGGGAAGACCGCAGCAAGGCCCUGUCCACCUGUGCCUCUCACAUCGCUGUGGUGACCUUAAUCUUUGUUCCUUGCAUCUACAUCUAUGCAAGGCCUUUUCGGACAUUUCCUAUGGAUAAGGCAGUCUCUGUGCUAUAUACAAUGGUCACCCCCAUGCUGAAUCCUGCUAUCUAUACCCUGAGAAACAAGGAAGUGAUCAUGGCCAUGAAGAAGCUAUGGAGGAGGCAAAAGGACCUUAUCAGUCCACUGGAACACUGACCCCUGGAUUAG